AUGUCGGAACCGGAAUUCAACCGUACCGGUGAUGAAAACGGUCCCGUCAACGGACGCGUCAUGUUCAUUGCCUAUCUCAUCAUUCUCAUCUUAAUCGUGAUAUCCAAUGCCACGGCCUUGAUCAUUCUGUAUCGCUCAAAGAACGGCUACUCCCCCGCUUUCAGUAUUUACCUCUUCCAUCUCUUCACCAUGAACAUCCUGACAAAUUUGCUGGACAUUCCGCUGGAUAUUGCCGACAAAGCGUACAGCGGCAGUUUAACCGCCGCCCAAUGCGCCUUCUACACCUACGUCAACUGGGCGCUGAUGGCCGUUUUGGUGUACUCGCAUCUGGCCAUAACUCUCAACCGCCUGUGGGCGGUGCUGCAUCCGCACAGCUACCGACAGCGCCACACUCUGCGGCUGGCCGUUGGAAUUUGCUGUCUGAUCUGGAUCGUCGUGCAUCUGUGCGUCGUACCGUUAUUCGCGUACCGACUUACCCACCAAUCAGAGAAUGACGUCUGCCUGCUGGAUAUGACGGAUUAUUCAGCGGAUUUCAGCGUACCCGUGCAAAUCUGGGAGACGGUGAUUUUUGUCCUCUUGUUUUUGCUGCCGACGCUGGCGAUUGUCUUGUCUUGUCCGCUGAUUGAAGGGUUACGCCAGCGCGCCCGCGGCCGCGUGGCGACCAUUAACGGAUCGCUGUAUGGGCGGAAAAAGAUCGUGGUUGAUCCGAGAACCUUCCGGGUGCUGCUGGCGCUGACGGUGAGCUUGUUGUGCGCAUGGAUGCCGCAGUUGAUCUGGUCGAUGUUGGAGGACUGGAUUAUCCUGGAUUCCGUCACGAUGGCCACCGUGGAUUUGGUGCUGGAUUACACGUGGACGGCGCAGGCCUUGCUGGAUCCCAUUAUGUUUAUUGCUGUGUUUUAA